AUGCAGUUUGGGAACUUGGUGAAUCGGGAUCCAAAAUCUGUACCUAAAAUAACUGAUGUUCAACAUGACAUAGUCAAGAGGCUCAUAGCCAACUACCUUGUUUGGUCUGACCCUGGUGAAUCAGCUCUAGGCUUGGCGAACCUAGGUAGUAUAUAUAGGUCUCCUGUUACAACUGUAAUCCCCGUUUUGAGGGCCGAUAAUCUUUUUCUGGUGGAGUGCCUUUACCGGAAACACCGGUCCAAGAUUGUAAAAAGGGGUAGCUUAUCCGCCACUAAGUCCAAGCCUCCUUCUCAUGUAGAUGCUGGGGGUGAGUCUGAGGCGAUUCGGGAUACAACUAUCACUAAAAAUACGAUAAAAUUUACUGGUGCUGCCCUGUUGUCUUCUGUGACUCAUCAUGAAAAACCCUACCGGUUCCUCCGUACUCGUCGUCGAAAGGAGCUUCUAGUGCUACUUCUACCGAACCCCUCAAGCGGCCAGGGCGUUGUACACCCCGUGCAUGACCUUCCACCACCUGACCUUUCCUCAUCUAGAAAAGCUCUCCCUGAGUGCUCAGUAACGUACGACCCUGCAGUGAUUUCUAUGGUAGACGCUAGUCUAUCUUCUCCUGAGGUUCCUCUUGCAUCCUCCGAAGCUACAAGUGUAUUUACUAGGCUUCAUUCAGACUCUUUCGUUACUCCCGCUAAGCCUCUCCCUAGUGGUUCGGCUUCCAAGGCUUACUUUCGUAGGAGUGAACUUGCCCAAUGCCUUUUUCGACAUAAAGUGUUGAGUUCUUUUUCUCCUCCAGGUUCUAUACUAACUUCUGCUCCUAUGAUUUCCACCAGUGCUCUUACCAUUACUCCUUCUUUCACCGAGCCUAUACCGGAUUCUGCCAUCCUUAUCAACCUGGACUCUUUGAUUCCUGACAUGGGUACAACGGAGUUUGAUUCUACCGGUCCAACUCCUGAUUUUAUUGAUCCAACUCCUGAUUCUUCUCUUACUGGACUUCUACCUCCUCCCAGAACAACCGAACAGAGGUAUGAAGAAAUUCACUGGGUCCUAAGGGAGGGAAUAUCAUCUUCGAACCGUUACUUGCUAAACUCUGAGGAAUUCAGCACCAUGAAUGUCUCCCUUCAAUCUACCGCUAUUGAACUUGGCCUAAACCGGGCCUGCUUGGAGAUGAAAAAUAAAUAUCUGGCAGAACUUGAAGGGAAAGAGGUUUUAUACUCGUAUCCAAAUGUCGAGGAAGUUAUACUACAAUGCUUCUCCGAUCUUACCAGUUAUGACUAUCUUUUUUUCAAAAUGCUAGAUACUGAUAACAUGGAUAUGGGUCUUCUGAAGGGAAAGAGGUUUGAUAGACACCGGCUUGCUACCGACGCAGAAUGA